GUUGCGCCGUGACGUAGCCAAGCGUACCUCUGACGCGCACUCCAUCGUUUUGGGUGAAGCAGAAAAGAGCUAUUGUGCAUGGGUGUCGCAGUUUAUGAAGUUUAUUAAAAAAUCAACUGACACUGCCAUACAGGAAACAGAGCCAUGGCACAAGGAUUAAAGGAACGAUUUGAUAAGUUUCUCCAUGAGAAAAAUCUUAUGACAGAUCUUUUGGAGAAGAUUGAAACGAAAACGGGAGUAAAUAGGUCCUAUAUUGCAAUCGCCAUCAUCGCCAUUCUUGCGAUAUAUCUCGUGAUUGGAUAUGGAGCUUCUCUUCUGUGUAACCUGAUCGGAUUCGCGUACCCAGCAUAUAUAUCGAUCAAAGCAAUUGAAGCAACCAAGGAUGAUGACACAAAAUGGAUGACCUACUGGGGUGUGUAUGGCGUGUUUCAGUGUGGCUGAGUUCUUGCUGAUAUCUUCCUGUCCUGGGUUCCCCUUCUACUAUAUUUUGUUGGACUAUGUAGGUGCUUCUUGGUGUGGUGCAUGGCCCCUACCCCCUCCAAUGGCUCCGUCUUGAUUUACACGCGUAUCGUUCGUCCCAUCUUCCUGAAGAAUGAGGCAAGGAUCGACAGCGCCAUGAAGGAUAUCAAAGACAAGGCAACUGAAGCAGCCGACAAGUUCAAAGAUGAGGCCAAGAGAGCCACAGCCAACAUCAUGUUUGAAGAGAAGAAGAGCGAUAAGGAAAUGCUUUGAGCGGAGCUCAUAUCAACAGUUGGAAACCCGGGGAGUGUCUGUCACACACCUUAAUAAAUGUUGCCUUGAAGUUUUUAUUUUAAAUGUUUAUUUUAUAAAGCAACUGGAGGAUAGCUUUUGGUCUUGCGCACUUCUCCUGUCUGUGAAAGUCGAAGCAAAUAGACUGAAGCAUUGUAACUAAUUUAAAGCCUUUUGGUUGCUGUCAAAUGUCAGCAAGACAGCUUCACAACCUUUAAAUUGUAUAUCCUAAUGCUGAACGUCACUUUUGUUGGUUCACUUGCUGUGCUUAAAAUAUCGAAAUAAAACCAGAGGUGGUCGAA